AUGUAUCCGAACGUUACUGCGAGAGACAGCGAGAUGAUGCCUCCGCCUAGCGCACCUCCGCCACCGUACGAAAGCAUCGACGGUCUGGACAAGAUGGCCGAAAAGAGCGGCUCGAAAUGGAACCCAAGGAACGGGUCGAAGCUCGCAAUACUCGUUGCUGUCAUAGCAGCCAUAUUGGUCAUCGUAGCAGGCAUUGUCGGCGCAGUACUGGGCACCCGCGCGAACGAAUAUCCAGACUCCAGCGCUCUAUCAUACACGCUCGCCGACACGUACGCAGGGACGGACUUUUUCGAUGAUUUCGACUACUUCACUGGGUACGAUCCAACAGCUGGAUUUGUACAUUACGUCCCCAAUACUACAGCCACAUCUGAGCAGUACAAUCUGACAUAUGCCUCCCCGGACACUGCCAUUCUCCGGGUCGACACAUCCGAGACCAAUGCCGACACUGGUCGAUACUCCGUCCGCAUCACUUCCAAGAAGCAACACAACUCUGGCCUGUUUGUCUUCGACAUAGUCAACACCCCAUACGGCUACGCGACUUGGCCAGCUCUGUGGCUUUCCGAUCCCAACAACUGGCCCGAGCAUGGCGAGAUCGAUGUGGUCGAGGCUGUGAACCAAGCCGACACAGGCAACCAGGCUACCCUGCACACUACGUCUGGCUGCAAGAUGAAUGUGAAACGGAAGCAGACUGGCGAUACGCUCUACAAGAGCUGCGCGAAUACGACACACGACAAUGCCGGCUGUGGCGUCCAAGGGGAGCAGGACACAUACGGAGAGACCUUUGACGCCAACGGCGGUGGCAUUUACGCGAUGGAGUGGCGCACGGCAGGCAUCAGGGUGUGGUUCUUCCCACGAUCCGACGUCCCGUCAGACAUUCCCACAGACGUCACGAACACCUCGGCGCCCGAUCCCAGCACAUGGGGUACGCCACUCGCGGACUUCCCGUCCACGAACUGUGAUAUCAGCAAUCACUUCAAGAAUCAGAGCAUCAUCGCGAACAUUGAUCUUUGCGGCACGUGGGCUGGCUCCACCGCUGUUUACACGGAUCAGGAUCAGUGUCCAGGCCUAUGUACGGAUUUCGUGGCGACGAACAACACAGCAUUUGAGACGGCGUAUUGGCAGUGGAAUAGCUGGAGAAUGUAUACUGCAAGUACUUGA